CCCUUCAACUGGCCCUCCUUCCUCCAACUCUAUCCCUCCUCCCACCCCCACUGUCCUCGUUCAUUGGCCAUCAUUUCUCCUUUACCUCUCCUCCCAAUAUCUAAUCAGUUCAGCAAAAAUCUAAUCUCCAUUUCGUUUGAUGCUCCGUUCAGAAACGUGCUCUUCUCAACAACCAGAAACCAACAAAUGGCCAAUGCGUGGUCGGCCUUCUUGUCUAUAUAUUCUAGCUCCAACUUAGUUAUUCCCACUCCUCCCCCUGGCAUAUAUAUGCAUUCCCUCGUCUCCUCUCCAAUGCAGUGCUAAUGGAUCCCAAUCCACCGUUCUUCACCACCUACAAGGCUCUUUUGGAUAGCCAACCACAUUCAUCUGAUAUUGAUCAAACGGUAAUAGCCGAGGAGUGCGAGCUCCCUAUCAUCGAUCUCAACUGUCUAAAUGGUAAGCACCACGAGGAGCAGUGCAAGAGAGACGUCAAAGUUGCUGCCUCCGAGUGGGGCUUCUUCCAGGUGGUGAACCAUGGCAUCUCCAAUAGUAUCCUGGAUAGGCUACGCGAGGUGCAGUUUGACGUGUUCCGACAGCCAUUCCAGAAGAAGGCCAGUGAGAAGUUGUUGGACUUCUCGCCUGAGAAUUAUCGCUGGGGGACGCCGAGGCCCACUUCCCUCAAGCAAUUAUCAUGGUCCGAAGCAUAUCAUGUCCCUCUCCCACCGUCCACCGAUGUCACCAAAGCUAGCCCCAGGCACAUAAUAGAGGAAUUCUCGACGGCGAUGUUACGGUUGGCACAUCAACUAGUGGGGAUAUUAGCUGAAGGUUUGGGGGGCUACGACGGCACGUAUAUAAAGGAGAACUGCACACGUAAUACUUGUUAUUUACGGCUGAAUCGUUAUCCGCCAUGUCCCGUAAAAACUGGAGUCUUUGGGUUGAUCCCUCACACUGAUAGUAGUUUCCUGACCAUUGUACGCCAAGAUCAAGUGGGUGGGCUGCAACUGAUGAAGGAUGGCAGGUGGAUCACCGUCAAACCAAAUCUUGAUGCAUUAAUUGUCAACAUUGGUGACUUGUUCCAGGCAUGGAGCAAUGGGGUGUACAAGAGUGUGGAACACAGAGUUAUGUCCAACCCACAACUGGAGAGGUUCUCAGUGGCAUACUUCCUGUGUCCCUCCUAUGACACUGUGAUACGGAGCUAUGCAGAGCCUGCGAUCUAUACAAAGUUUAGCUUUGGGGAGUACAAACAGCAAGUCCAAGAGGAUGUUAGACGUACAGGUCACAAGGUCGGGCUUUCAAGAUUCCUUGCUCAAAGCGCAUGACCGUAGCCUUUGCUUGUAUCCACAAGAAGAUAUAAUGGCAAAUUUUACCGUUCUCCAAUUUCCCAUUUUUUAGCGAGAAAGAUGGAUUUAAUUCAAUAUUUCACACAGAAAAGAAGCCUUAACAAGGUUGCAUAUAUUGUAUAAAAACGGGUUUACAGUAUUUGAGGUAACAUGCUAAAAGUUACGGAAAGCAAAUAAAAAAGAUGCGAGAGUAUUGUUCACGUCCCGCACAAGUGAUUUUGCUUGUUAUAAUGUAAUCUGUGAAAGCAGUUCUACAACUUACUAGUUUUAUUUAUCAGAGUAAUGCCGUCAGUCAUUA